UUAACAGUUCGAGAAGCAAAAGAGAAAAUGAAACUCUUCGCUGCCCUUUCCUUCGCCUUGCUGGCUUUCGCCGCCGCCGAUGUCUCGCAUCUUGGCUAUGACUAUCCUGUGCCCCACCACCAUGAGGAAGUCAAGUCGGAGCCGAUAGUGCCGCAGAAUACUUACAUCCCACCAGCACCACCAGCGCCCCCUGCACCAGUUCAUGAGGCUGUGCACUCGCACCCAAUUGCUCCUCCUCCACCACCACCACCACCACCAGCACCAAAAAAUACUUACAUUCCACCUGCACCACCAGCGCCACCAGCACCAGUGGCUCCAGUUCAUGAGGCCGUGCACUCGCACCCAAUUGCUCCUCCUCCACCACCACCGCCACCAGCACCAAAAAAUACUUACAUUCCACCUGCACCACCAGCGCCACCAGCUCCAGUAGCUCCAGUUCAUGAGGCCGUGCACUCGCACCCAAUUGCUCCUCCUCCACCACCACCACCACCAGCACCAAAAAAUACUUACAUUCCACCUGCACCACCAGCGCCACCAGCUCCAGUAGCUCCAGUUCAUGAGGCCGUGCACUCGCACCCAAUUGCUCCUCCUCCACCACCACCACCACCAGCACCAAAAAAUACAUACAUUCCACCUGCACCACCAGCGCCACCAGCUCCAGUAGCUCCAGUUCAUGAGGCCGUGCACUCGCACCCAAUUGCUCCUCCUCCACCACCACCAUCGGAACCAAUUGUACCACAAAACACCUACAUCCCACCCGCACCACCAGCACCGGCACCGUCCCAAGGCUACAACUAUCCAGCACCAGUGCAUGAGGCGGUGAAAUCGGAGCCGAUUGUACCACAAAACACCUAUAUCCCUCCUCCAGCACCACAGAACACUUACAUCCCACCCGCCGCACCCGUGCAGGAAGCUGUCCUCUCCGAACCAAUUGCGCCACCACAAAACACAUACAUUCCACCACCAGCAGCACCACAGAACACCUACAUCCCACCGGCACCAGUUCAGGAGGCGGUGCUCUCGCAGCCAAUUGCUCCACCACAAAACACCUAUCUUCCUCCAUCAUCCUCCCUUGGUCAAGACGGUUACCGUUACAAGACCGUUCGUCGUGUUGUCUACAGACGCCGUUUCUAGAU